GGCAAGCUAUUUGCUACUUUUGCUGCUUCCACAUCAAUGAUGACUACAAAACCAUUAAUACUGAAAGGACAGCAACUGCAUGUUAAUGCAUCCAUCAGACAGACGCAUGCGUUCUCCGGCAGGAAGCAAGCACACCCAGCGAAGCCAGCUGUUUGUGGUGCCUGAUUUAACCUUUUAGCAGCAUUUCAAGUGAAUCUUUUUCUCUGACCAGCAAUGAAUACACUCAGAUCUUGCUUCUUUGCUGUCCUGAUUCUCAGUGUUUCGCUUUCAUUUGUCUUCUAUGCAGUUAAUUUGCACGCGCAAAAAUCUCUUAGGAGGUUGAAUUUCUCAGCGAGUUCAACCUUAGAGGAAGCCUGUAAAGCACUUACUGAAGAUAAGGAGCCCUUUCUGAAGGAGAACGCUUUAAAAACGUCGUUCAGAGAAUCCAGUUGCAGAGAGUACAUCACGCAGAACCGCUACAUCACUCGCGCACUCUCAGCUGAGGAGGCCGCCUUCCCCAUCGCCUACGUCAUGACCCUGCACAAGGAGUUCGAGACCUUUGAGCGGCUCUUCAGGGCAGUCUACAUGCCCCAAAAUAUCUACUGCGUCCAUGUGGAUGCCAAGGCACCUGCCCCCUUCCAGCAGGCAGUGGGGCGCCUGGUGGGCUGCUUCCCCAACGCCUUCCUCGCCUCCCGGGCGGAGCGGGUGGUCUAUGGCGGUGCCUCACGCCUGCGGGCUGACCUCCACUGCAUGAGAGACCUGCUGGCCUCCGCCGUGCCCUGGCGCUACCUGCUCAACACCUGCGGCCAGGACUUCCCCUUGAAGACCAAUCGGGAGAUCGUCCGGCUGCUGAAGGGCUUCGGGGGGAAGAACAUCACCCCUGGGGUGCUGCCGCCCCCACACAUCACCGCCCGCACCAAAUACGUGCACAGGGAGCAAUUAUACUCCUUCUUUUCUUUCAUGCUGUGGACGCUGGUGCGCAAGGCUCCCCCCCCCCACAACCUGACCAUCUAUUUUGGCUCUGCCUACGUGGCUGUUACCCGGCCCUUCGUGGAGUUUGUGCUGCAGGACCCACGUGCCAUCGACCUGCUGGCCUGGUCUGAGGACACCUACAGCCCCGAUGAGCACUUCUGGGUGACACUCAACAGGAUCCCGGGUGUUCCGGGCUCCAUGCCCAAAGCAUCAUGGGAAGGUGACCUGAAAGCAGUGAAGUGGAUUGAUAUGGAAGAGAGGCACGGAGGUUGUCAUGGCCAUUACGUCAGAGGCAUUUGUGUAUAUGGAACAGGUGACCUCAAGUGGCUUUUUAACUCCACCUGCAUGUUUGCAAAUAAGUUUGAGCUUAAAACGUACCCCCUGACUGUGGAGUGCCUGGAACUGAGACAUCGGCAGAGAACCUUGUCCCAGAGUGAGGUUCAGGUGGAACCCAACUGGUAUUUUUAGCUAGCAAAACCCCAGGCUACAACAUCAAUAAAAGCACUAAAGAGAAUAGCAGCAGCAAUUUUAAUUUGUGCUGUGCUGGAAGCAUAAACUCAUGAGACAGGUUUCUUUAGGAUGUUCUGUAGAUGUAGCUUGGCUCAGCUUGUCUCACACUGCCUGCAGAUCUCACCUUCCACUUCACAUCCUCAGGCCAAAGCACAAGAGAUUCAAAGAGACA